AUGUCGGAAACGAAGUUUAAUACCGAUCACGUCGAGCAGCUGGAGGUGUCUCCGGCUCGCGGCGGCGCCGGCUCCAAGGUCAAGCGCCAUUGCGCCAGGUGGUGGUGGGUGCACUUGAUCAUCUUCUGUGCCAGUUUCUUGAUCAUUGCGCUCUGUCUCGUUUAUGUUGCGAUGCCCAAGAUUGCCCAGGAUGGCGUUGAUGAUGCAUCCCUCGAAUUCACCGAGCUCCAAUUCCUCAACCCCUCCGCCACAUCCGUCACCUUGACCCAGAGAGCCAUUCUGCAUAGCCCCAGCAAAUUCACCCCAACACUCGAUUCUUUCAACGCCUCUACCUUCCUCGUCACCAAUGGCACUUUUGGCGCAGCCCCAAUGAUCUUUGUCACCAUGCCGAGCAUCCACGUUCAGCAUCCAAAGUCCAACGUCGCCGUGGAGGACUCAAAGGUGAUGAUCAACAACAUGGACCAGCUCACCAAUUUCGCAACCCAGGCCGUGGCCCAGGAAUACGUCUCGACUGCUCUGGUCGGCGAGACUACGCUGCACUUGGGCGCGCUCCCCACCGUAAAGAUCAACUACAACUCCACUAGCAAAUACAAGGGGUUGAAUGCGCUCAAGGGCUUCAACGUGACCGGUGCCAGAAUUGACCUCUUGGCCAAGCCCGGCCAGCAAAAUCUCAAAGGUUUCGCAUAUGUCCCCAACCCAUCUUUAAUGACCAUUCAACUUGGCAACGUAAGCUUGUCUCUCUCAACCGAAAAGGCCGGAAAGGUCGGCACCACCACCAUCAACGACAUGACCCUCAAGCCAGGGAACAACACCCUUCCUCUGUUCGGAACCAUGGACCAAGCCAAGGUCGUCGGCAGUCUUGACGGCGAUGGCAUGGUUGAGUUGUUGAUCACCGGCACCGAUGCGAUUUUCAACGGAGAGCAUUUGGUUUACUACGAGAAAGCACUUAGCGCCAACGUAUUAAAGCUCAAGAUGAACGUGAUGCAAGUUAUCAAGGACAGCUCCAGCGGCAGCGCCUAA